GCGAAGCAAGUUGUUGUUGCAUAACACAAACAUCAUCAAGGACAGCCAUCAUCCAUCUGCCUCAACACAACGAAUAGAAGAUGAGCGCAGGCGACAAGUGGGGGUUGAGACAGGUGCUGGCGCAGGUGAGGAGGGUUGAGGCUGAAGGUGAUGGGAAUGAUGGCUGCUGUUGUGGUGGUGGUGAUGACGGUGAUGGUGAUGCAGCGCAGAGGCAGCAAUCAGGGAGGGGACGGAGGAGUGGGAGUGGGAGAGGGAGAGGUCAAGCAAAGAAGAAGCAGUACGCGCUGCUCUUGAUGACGGGGUCGUUGAACCCCAUCCAUGCUGGACACAUCCAUAUGAUGUAUGCUGCCCGAGAAAAGUUACAAGCAGUUGGCUUCCACGUUGUGCAUGGCUGGAUCUCCCCAUCCCAUGACCUCUACGUUCAAAUGAAAGCACGACGAAAGGAUUUUCCCUGGAUGACGAGCAGGCUGCGCGUGCACUUGACGCGCCUGGCAUUGGAGAGCCACCCUUGGCUAUCUUGUGGCACAUGGGAAAGCGAGGUCGAAGGGUGGUGGCCAAACUUCCCGGAGGUUGCGUGUAACCUCAAGGAGAGCGUCAAGGAAACGCUCAUUCCCGAGGAGGCUGACCUUGGUGCUCGCAUCACCGUCUUCUACGUUGCUGGCCAAGACCACGUGGAGCGUGCUGGCCUAAACCUGGGCAUGAAGCCAUUCGGCAUUGGUCUGGUGUGUGUCACGCGCGGCCGCGAGCGGGCGGACAUUCGCGACCGCCCACGGAACCUCUUCUGGGUUGCCUCAACACCGGAGCACCACAGGAGACGAAGCUCCACAGUUGUGCGCCAGCAUUUGCUUGCACGCAAAGCGAUAGGCCGCCACGUGCCGCCCGUGUGCAAGGACGAGCUGACACGCGAGCCCCUCCUCUCCAUCUUCACACACGGGCACUUUGACGAGGACCUCACGCACGCGUGUGAAGCGGAAUAUUUCCGGCAAUAUGAGCAGCGAAUGCGCCAGCGCCAACAGCUUCAACUUGACGUGGGCGACGAGCGACUGGACGACGAUGAUGAGUUUUACUUUGACGAGGAAGAGGAGAGGGAAUACGAGCGACCAGAUGCACGACAGGACACGCGCCUGCUGCUAUCCCCAGGCCAUGGCACCAGCGCUGAUGAGCAUGGCAGUGCUGAUAGUGGCCAGUCCGUUGAGGAUGGUGUUGGUAACGACGAAGAUGAGGAGGAAGAGGAAGAGGAAGAGGAAGAGGGCUCGGCAGAGACAGUGGCCGAACUCCAACUGACGCAUCUCAUGGUGUAGAGAGAGUGAUAAAGGCAAUGCCAUGAAGCAAACAUUCAGCGACACCCCAUACGAAAUCGUGGUUGCGAGCAGCACCGUGGCCAUACCAGCAGACCAGCACAGGUGCAAGCGCAAGCGCGAGCGAGGUUUUGCGUGUAGCCUUGCGUUGCUCGCCACCAGUUCUGUAUGUGGCGUAAUUGAAGUGCGUGUUCUUGUUCAGCGUGUGUAUUUUGGUGACCAGCUUGGUUUGCACGUAUCAGCGGCGAUUAAGCAACGCAUUCCAGCAAGCAAUGUAACAUACAG